AUGGCUACUGCAACCAUCGUUGUCUCGCUCCCUGCGCUCAAGCCCUUAAUCGUGAAGGCAACUCCACAAAACACAUCCAACCGUGGCAUUAGCGGAUACGUACAAAGUGGUCCACGCAGGUCCUUCAACCAGCCAUCCUUUCACGGCCGCAUGGGAGGUUCAUCUCGAGCCUGUGUUGAAGCUGGGGGUGUUGGCGAUGAUGAGAUUCAACUCGUCCUCCAAGAUUCUCGAAAGAACAGCAUGAGCCCGACCGACCGGACCAUCAGCGACGUGGGGACGCAGGAUGGGAAAGACACAGUGAAGAUUACCACCGAUGUUACCAUCCUUAGAGAGGCGCUAUGA